CAAAAACUAGUUUACCAAAGUAAAAACACAACCCUUGUAGUAAAAAUAAAUUCAGUUUAGCAAAAAAAAGAAGUUUACUGAAGUCAAAACAAAUCCAUUGAAGUCAAACCUAAUGACAUCAUAACAAUCCACUAAAGUCAAGGUUAAGUUCAGCAAUCUCAAAUCACAUUUACUGAAGUCAGAACAAUUCCAUUGAACUCAAGUUUACUGAAGUUGAAACAACCACAUGGAGCUUAAAACAAGUUUUCAGAAAUCAAAAUAAUUUCAUUAAAAGUCAAACAAAUUCACUGAAUCGAACAGCUCCACUGAACAAAAACCAAGACCAUCGAAGUCAAAGCAACUCCUUUGAACUGAAAAUGAGUUCUCUGAAGUCAAAACAAGUCAAAUCUAAUCAAGUCCACUAAAAAAGAAAAAGAAAUUGAAGUUAAAAAUGUUUGAUCGAAUUCAAAACAAGUCCACUGAAGUCAAAACAAAUAUAAUAAAAUCAAAAACAUGCUCUUUGAUGUUGAAAUAACUCCGAUUUAGGGAAAACAGAUUUACUGAAGUUAAAAGAAACCAUUAAAGACACAACAAGUCCUCUUAAUUGGAAAUUGGUCCAUUGUACUCCACUGAACUCAAAAGAAGAGCCAUCUCCACUGAAAUCCACUGAAGUCAAAAUAACUCCAUUCAGAUCAAAAGUAGUUUAAUGACAUCAGAAAUAACCCAUUGGAAUAAAAAUAAGUCCUCCAAAUCAAAGCAAGUUUAUUGAAGUCAAAAUAUUUCCACUGAACCCUCAAAAAAAUGGAAUUAUUUCAAAAUAAGUCUAUUGAAGUUUAAAAAAGUCCCCUCAAGUCAAGACAUGUACUAAAAUUUAAACAAUUUCAUUUAACUCAAAUGAAGUCCAUUGAGGCAAAAACAAGUUUUCAGAAAAAAUCAAAAUAACUCCAUUGAAGUAAAAACAAGUGCAUCAAAUGCAAAGAAGUCCACUGAAAUGAGAAAAAAAUCCACUGAAGUUCGACAAUGUUCAUUCAAUUAAAAGAAACACAUUGAAUUCCAAACAAGUCCUCUAUGUAUAAUCACACUGAUAGAACUCCAAUAAGGUCCAGCAAAGUUAAAUAGAUUCUGCUGAAGUCAAAACACUAUAUACAUAGUUCAGUCACAUAUGACUUCUUGACAGGAAUAUUCCCUUAUUCUGGUCCUGCAGUUUACACUAAAAAUCACUCUGAGGAGAAGGAAAGAACAAGCAGCAGCACUCUGUUCUAGUAAGUUUUCUUUUGAGCACUCUCUGGUGCGUCAAUUCAUUCAGAUGGCUCAGCAGACUGUUGUCCUCUGUGAGAGUGCACUGCAGCCAAGCACUCUCCGAUCAGCCGAUUGUUGGUCGUAGUGAAAGCGGUAGUAGGACUAGAGUACAACUAGCAGCAGUUUUCCCUCUUGGAUCCUUCCCUAUGGGAGCAAGUCUAGGAAUUUUCCAUGUUUUCAGACAGGCUCUGUUAAUCAUGCUGAAGCCAUCCUUACUUUUUCUCACUGUAGUAGGAGCUUAUCCACCGUUUGGUCGGGAACUCAAAUGGCGAUCAGCAGCAGAACUUCAUAAGCAGCAGCUUCCACUCCUAGCUGCUUUUCCGUGGGAGCAGGUCCUGCCCAUAACAAAUUUUGCAGCCCAGUUCUUCUGAGUGUAGUCGAGUUGCAUAUGAAUUGACUUUAGAGCAAAGCAUUCUUUUAUUCCGCUCUUGAUGUGAAAGCACUCCAAGGAGAAGGAAGAACAAGCAGCAGCUUUCUGUCCUAGCACGUUUCCAAUGGGGAAAUUCCAGGUGCAUUCAAUUGAUUCAGCAGCUCGGUAGACUGUUUUUCUCUGAGAGAGAACACACUGCAGCCAGCCAAGCGCUCUCUGAUCCUCUGACUCUUGGUCAUAGUGGAAGACUUCAGCGGACUAGAGUCUAACUAGCAGAUUUCCCUCCUGACACCUUCCUUUGUGAGAGCAAGCCUUGGAGGUUUCUAUGUUUUCAGCCGGGCUCUGUUUAGUGUGCUUGAACCAUCAUUACUUUUUCUCAGUGUAGCAAGCGCUUAGCUGCGGUUGGGUCAGAGCACUCAAAUGCGAUUAAGAGAAGCACUUCAGAAGCAGCAGCUUCCACUGCUAGCUGCUUCUCCACAGGAGCAGGCCCUGCACGUUUCAAAUUUUGCAGCUAAUCUCUUCUGAAUAUAGUCGAGUUGAAUAUGACUCAACUUUAGAUCAAAGCAUUGUUUUAUUCCUGUCUUGCUGUUUGCACUGAAAAUCCCUUGCAUGUCAAUUGAAUCAGCCGGCACGGCAGACUGUCGUCCACUGAGGGAGAGUGCACUGCGGCCAAGUGCUCUCUCAUCAGCCAAUUGCUGGUCAUAGUGAAAGCGGCAGCAGGACUAGAGUCUAAUUAGCAGCAGAUUUCCCUCAUGGAACCUGCCCUUUGGGAGCAAGCCUUAGAACUUUCCACAUUUCAGCUGGGAUAUAUUUAGCAUGCUUGAGCUAUCCUUACUUAUUCACAGUGUAGCAAGCGUUUAUCAAUGGUUUGGUCAGGGACCUCAAACGGCAAUAAUGAGAAGCACUUCAAGAGCAGCAGCUUCCAUUCCUAGCUUCUCUGUGGGAGCAGGUCCUGCACCUUUCAAAUUGUGCAGCCAAUCUCUUCUGAGUGUAGUUGAGUUGCAUAGGACUCAACUUUAGAUCAAAGCAUUCUCUUAUUCCGGUUUUGCUGUUUGCAGUGAAAGCACUCUGAGGAGACGGAAAGAACAAGCAGCAGUGCUCUGUUCUAGUAAGUUUUCUUUUGAGCAAUCCCUGGUGCGUUGAUUCAGAUGGCUCGGCAGACUGUUGCUCUCUGAGAGAGAGAGCGCACUGCAGCCAAGCACGGUCUAAUCACUCAAUAGUGAAUAGGUCAUAGUGAAAGCAAUAGCAGGACUAGAGUCUAACUAGCAGCAGAUUUCCCUCCUGGCACCUUCCCUGUGGGAGCAAGCCUGGGAGAAUUCCAAGUUUGCAGACAGCUCUGUUUAGUGUGCUCAAGCCAUCCUUAACUUUUCCUAAGCAUUGGAAGCACUUAUCAUCAGCUUGGUUGGGACACUCGAAUGGCUAUCAGGUCCUGCACCUUUCAAAUUGUGCAGCCAGUCUCUUCUGAGUGUAGCUGAGUUGCAUAGGACUCAACUUUAGAUCAAAGCAUUCUCUUAUUCUGGUCUUGCUGUCUGCAAUGAAAGCGCUCCGAAGAAAAGGAAAGAACAAGCAACAGCACUCUGUCCUAGCACAUUUCCUUUAGGGAAAUCCCUCACAUGUCAAUUCAGAUGGCACGGCAGACUGUUGACCUCUGAGAGAGCGCACUGCAGCCAAACACUCUUUGAUCAGACGAUUGUUGGUCGUAGUAGGACUAGAGUCUAACCAGCAGAUUUCCCUCUUGGAACCUGCCCUGUGAGAUCAAGCCUUGGAACUUUCCAAAUUUCAGCUGGGCUCUGUUUAGCAUGCUUGAGCCAUCCUUACUUUUUUCCAGUGUAGCAGCGCUUAUCAUCAGUAUGGUUGGGGCACUCAAAAGGUGAUAAGGAGAAGCACUUCUGAAGCAGCAGCUUCCACUCCUCGCUGCUUCUCUGCGCUCGAGCAAGCCCUGCACCUUUCAAAUUUUGCAGCCGAACUCUUUUGAGUGUAAUAGAGUUGAAUAUGUCUCGACUUUAGAUCAAAGCAUUCUUUUAUUCUGGUCUUGCUGUUUGCAGUGAAAGCGCUUCGAGGAGAAGAAAACAAGCACCAGUACAUUUCCUUUGGGGAAAUCUCUAGCAGGUCAAUUGAUUCAGCCAGCACGGCAGCCCUUUUAGAGCCAUCCAAUACAGGGGCUUGGUGCUUCCUUUGCUGCAGAGCAGUUGCCUUGUCCUCUAUCAGUAGAGCCCCGCUCCAAAAUUCCAAACUUCCGAACUGGAAGGAGCUGUGACUGAAAGCUGUUGCUGGUUCUAGCACUCCCUUAGCAACCGUUUCACAGCCCCCACCCAAAACUGUGCAUCAAAGCUUCCUUUGCUGUGGAAUGGUCACCUGGCACUCUAGCAUUCAUAGCAGAGUGCUGCUCCAAAAAAUUGCAAACGACUAGGGAUUGUUCCCACAUGGAAUGUGCCAGGACAGAAAGCUGUUGGCUGUUAAUAGCUUCUCUUGGCAGCCUUUGCAGAGCUCCCACCAACACCGGGGUUUAGCAGUUGCUUUGCCGCGGAAUGGUCACACCACUUUCUAACAGUCACAGCAGAGCCUCACUCCAAAAUUGCAACUGUCCAGGGAUCGCUCCCACACACACAAUGAGAGGUGCGUUGUAUGUACAGCCUUUCAAGCGGGCUCCCACCACUCACGAAUCGCGGAGCUAUUGGCCGCUAGGGCGGCUGAGAGCUGGACAGCGUGGGGAGGAUGCACGCUGAGCUACAACAGAGGCAGGAGGCUGCUUGGGGCUGCCGCAGUGGGACAGGGUUCAGACCGUGUUUCGGAGCCGAAGUCCGGCCAGAGGCGCGGGUACAAGAAGGUGGGUGCUGACCCUGAACGACAGGGCCGGCUACAGGCAGCCCGGGACUCGUCCGACGACACUGAGCAGGGAAGUAUUUUCGCGCAGUGCUCCACGGGUAGCAGGCAUGGCGUGAAACGGCGGCCAGCUGGGGACACCCCUUCCGCUCCUAUCAGUCCCGUCCCGGGGCGCAGGGGCUGCGCCGUCGGUGUGUCGUAGGGCUUGCCGGCAGGCCGAACAGCCAAUAGGAGGCUUCGCGCCGGGCGGGGCCGCGGGGGGCGAUUGUGCCACGGGUCUGGACGUUCGGCGCUGCGCGCUGUCACCGCCCGUCUUCGCUUCCUCCUCCUCCUCCUGCUCACCGGCUCCUUCCCUUUGUGCUCGUCUCCUCCUGCCGCCAUGCGCUGGCACCGUGCGUCUGCCCCGCUGUGGCCGGGCGGCCUCCGCUUGUCGCCGCGUCACUGAAGGAAGAAGGAGAAGGAAGCAGCGAGGAGGAGGUCGGUCGCCCGCCGCCCCAUGCCGCGGUGUCGUCCCGCCGCCGUCCUGGGGAGCUGCAUGGACGGGCAUGGGGAGACCUGCGUCUUCCUGCGUUGCCGGGUCUAAGCCGCUGCGCUGCCGCAGUUUGCUCGCCGCCCUCGGCCUCCUCGCUUCCUUGGGACUGCUGCUACGCUCAGGUGACUGCCAGCUGCAAACACCUUGUCAAAUCCAGAAGUGCACCACUGAUUUUGUAUCCUUAACUUCACAUCUAAACUCGGCUCUUGAGGGCUUUGAUUUGGAGUUCUGCAAGGCCCUGCGAGCGUACUCUGCCUGUACCUACCGCAAUUCCAAAGUAUGCCGUGGAAACCUUGUCUACCAUUCUGCAGUGCUCGGGAUCAGUGAUCUCAUGAGCCAGAGAAACUGUUCCAAAGAUGGACCCACAUCCUCCACUAGCCCUGAAGUGACCCAUGAUCCCUGCAAUUACAGUGGCUACAUAGAAGCCAGAGAGCAUCAGGCAGGAGGGAAGACUCCUGCUACUGCUUAUGUAUUUUGUGGCUUGUUUGGUGAUCCUCAUCUGAGGACUUUUAAGGAUCACUUCCAGACGUGCAAAGUAGAAGGUGCUUGGCCCCUCAUAGACAAUAACUAUUUAUCAGUGCAAGUGACCAACGUGCCUGUGCUUCCAGGAUCCAGCGCUACUGCUACAAAUAAGAUAACUGUUAUCUUUAAAUCAUAUCAAGAGUGUACAGAUCAGAAAGUGUAUCAAGCAGUGGCUGAUGACUUGCCUGCAGCUUUUGUUGAUGGUACAAGUGGAGAUGAUGGGAACAUGAAGAGCUUGCGAAUUGUGGAGAAAGUCAGUGGCAAAUACGUCGAAAUGCAUGCCAAGUACAUCGGGACCACUGUGUAUAUACGCCAGCUUGGGCACUAUUUAACAGUGGCCAUUCGCAUGCCUCAGGAGUUGGUCCUGGCCUAUGAGGAGAGCCAAGAUCUGCAGCUGUGUGUGAAUGGUUGCCCUUCAAGUGAACGUAUUGAUGAUAGUGGCCAGUUACCAUUGCCUGUGAUGGGACAGUUGCUCCCUCAGAGUGGUGCUGCUUAUCCUCAGUCAGUGUAUACACUGGAAACUGCCAGCACCAAAUGCCGUGAGAAGAUAGUGGUAAAGGACAUUUAUUUUCAUUCAUGUGUAUUUGAUCUACUCACCACUGGUGACACCAACUUCACAGCUGCUGCUCACACUGCCUUGCAGGAUGUGGAGGCACUGCACCCCAGAAAAGAGCAGUGGCAUAUCUUUCCGAGCAGUGGAGGUCAUGUUGUGGGCAAGGGUAGCAAAUUCUGUGUCAGUCUUGGAUUUGUGUGCUUGAUCAUUGUGGCAUUUUUGUAGGUUUUUUGUUUAUAACAAAUUAUUGAAAUAUAUAUUGUAAUAAUAUAUUGAGUAAAGAUGAAUAUAUAUGUGUAUACCAUGUAUAUGAAAUGAUGUUUUGUCUUUGGAUGUCCAUCAGAUUGUAGAUAUUGUGUUAACUGUUUUCAUGUAUGUUUGAUGCAGUAGUCUUUGUAUUUUUUUUUUCAGUUGGUGAAAUAUUUUAUAAUGUUCUUGCAUUGGGUCCUGGUAGAAGGCACUUUAUUUUUUAUAUAUUAAAUAUUUAUGUGUGUAUCUGACUAUCUUUGUAUUAUGCAUAUGAAAGUGUACAAUACUCAGUGCUCCCUCUAGAUACUAAUUGGUUUAACAAAUACUUUUAACUGAAUUAAUUUGUGGGGGUUUUUCCUAUCAUUUAUCUUACUCUAGAGAAUACAUGUGUCUUGUCUUGUAGUGACUUUGUUUCACUGAUUAAAAUCAUUAAGAAUGAAAUUGUAUUCUGCCCCUUAAACAUGUGGCCAUCACUUCUUUGGAGGGAGAGAAUGAAGUGCUUCGCAUUAGUGCAGAUGACCAGGAUGAAUAACAUGAAUUACAGAACGUUCUUUGUAAUUCUGACAUUUCAUAGUUUCUUGGCAUGAGUUUCAAAAGAAGAAAGGGGAAUGCAUUGGAGCAAGACUUACACAGCUUUAUAGAACCAGUGGAAAAAUCACUUUAAAAGAUAUUAGUCAUCAAGUUAUGUAAGCAUGGAAGGAUAAUGAUUGCAGCUGUCUCUAAGCUGAAGGCUUAAAUUAUUCUGUGAGAUGGACUGGAUAAAUCACAAGCCUGAAUUCUGUUCCUUGCUUAGUUGCUAAUUCUGUCUAUACCAUUCAGAAGGAAGAGGGGAGAGAAAGCCACAGACUCUGACUGCUUUUACUAAGGAGCUAAGAGAAGAAUGAUUUGAUGACCUGAAGGCUACUUUUAACUAGUGCUUAUUUAACUUCUAAAAUAGUUCACUUGAGAGUGGACUGGUACGUUAGAAGUGCUAUUGGAAUAAGACUCAAAUAGCACUUGCCUUUAUUAAGAGAUCUUGAGCCAAUGUUGGGGGGAGAUGGAGCUUGUUGAUGGAAUGAAAACUCCCUUGUUUUAUGAAGACUUCUGGCUAGGCUAGGGACAUUGUUGACUGGCAAGAACAGCAGUAGUCUUCUCAAAGAGGCUAAUAAAUUCCCUGUGUGGAUGGAUGACUGCAUACAGGUGUUAUUCUGGGAAUACUUGAAGGUGAAAGUAGUCAGAACUGAGUUAAGACUGAAGGUAAAAAAUUUAGAUUAGACUAUUGGCAGCUUGUUCUGUCUGUGUCGUCUGAUAGUGCUGUUUCAGAUUAGUUAGACUUGUGAUAUAUGAUAUCUCUGAUAAUGUGGCUUCUGCAGUUUCAUCUGGUAGUGACAGCCUUCUCCAUAUUUUGAGUGGCUGAACUUUCUCAUCAGUGCUCUGCAUUUAACAUUCUCAUGGCUUAAAGCUUAUGAAUGAACCUAGCAUUGCUUUGCAGUGGUGCACAUACUUAUUGGGCAGGCACUAUAUACUAGUUUAUUCUGCCUCUGGAUCCUGUAUUUCUAUACAUAUGUAUGCCAUGUAUAUGUGUAUUUUUAUACUAGCAUUACAUUGUGACCCUCUGAGUUAAAUAGUAUUUCAGAAAUGUAGUAAUUUCUCUAGAGAGUUUUCCUUUUUCUUGUUCCUGCGGGAACAGAAAUCCUGUGGGAUUUCUUAAGAAAAUGUUAUUUACACAUGUUCAUUCUUGAAGUCUACUAUUGCCAAGAGAGCUUUAGUUAGUGCCAAAC